AUGGGCAAACUAACAUGUAACAUCGUGACCAGUGACACGUCAGUCGACGAAGGAAUAAAAAUCAUUCAUGAAAAACAGAAAAUACGAACAAAGAAGAAAAAACGUAAAAGGAACCUGAGAGAUCAAAAAAUAUUCAAAUCGAAGAAGAGAUGCUACAACUAAAAAUGAUAACACAAAGAAAAAGUUUAACGAUUUUACUGUCGAAAAUAUUCUCAAGGCAACUCAUGCUGAUGCAAGUCCUAUUUUGGGUAAAGUGGAUGGAAGAAAAAGGACUCAAAAGGAAGAAGAUAUCGGAAUACCUCACAAAUCAAUAGAAGAAAAGAGAAUAGAUGAUUCCGAACAAAACUUUGCGUUAAGUAAAUACGAAGAACUAUGUAAGGUUGUUUCUUCAGAAAAUUACGAAGGAAAAAAUUUUCCAGACUGUUUUGGACCUGAUCCACUAAUGAAAGUGAAACGAAAAUUAAGAAACAUAUAUGCAGAAUCAUUUCGAAAUCAAUUUUUACGAGAUAUGAUAAAACAUGGGAAUAUUUUAAGCCAAUAUUGUACACCUAGUACUUCUACUGAUAAUUUGCUUCCUUCUGACGCUGCAUCUUAUCCUUCAGGAUCUAAUCAAAACGCAGACUUAAUAUCUGCAACUACUGAUAAUCUAGAUCAUUAUGUUGGUCUCAAGAAAGAGAAGAGGAGUACACCAUUUUUAAUGCCGGAAACGAAUUUCAAAAGAAAUGAAAUUACCACGUCAAAUUUAUUAUUUAAUUUAUCUUCGUUAAAUGCUUCUGACGCGGGAAUGAAGAAUUCUCUGGAAGCAAAACUUCAAAAAACAAGUAACAUAUCUAAUAAGGAUGACUCAAUAAAUGCAAGCAAUCAUACUUCUCUAGAAGUAAAUCCUCCUGCAACUUCCAUCAGUACUAACAAUAAUAUUGUUAAAUAUUUUGAAACAAACGAAUUUGAGAGGAUAAAGGAGAAAAGCAAACCUGUCUUAUUUGUUCAAACUGAGGCAGAUUUCGAGAAUAGUUAUAGUCAUAAAAAAUAUAGAAGUCGGCGAACACAAACGGUACGUGUUUUAAGUAAUGGGUUAGAAAAAGACGCAGAGAAACAAAACUUAAAGAUACUACAGCAGAUUAAAAUGAAGAAUCUGAAGCAUGUACCUAUUAUAUUGCGAAGGUGUAACAACAUUGUGACUAAUAAUAAUAACCAAUUGAAUUUAUUCCAGGAGUCGAUGCAUAUUAAUAAAGAGCCCCAGGAGAUGCUGUUCAACGCCGCUUCGAGGCAGAACGUUCUUUUUACUUCGCAAUCUCUGACAACAGAAUCGAACGAAAAUUCGCAGAGAUUGCAACGGUCGACGACUGUAAAUACUUUAUUUGAUACAUUAGAUAUGGAAAAUCUUCAGACUUGUGUAAUGGAAUCACCAAGUCUUCGUAACGAUGAAAUAUAUUUCGUGAAAAAUUCUUCUUCACAAUCAAAACAGAAUCAAACUCAAUCACAAAAUCUUCAUGUAAAUGGCAUUUUAGUGAACAAGAAAAAUCCUUCAAUACAAAAGACAGUGAUGUUUACAAAGAAAGAUUCACGAAAUGUAGGACACUGUUUGUACUUAAAUAAUGUAAUUACAGAUGAAACGACUGAUAAUUCGAACAUCUGUAUUAUACGGAAGAACGUUUCUUCGCAACGUGAGAAAUUGAAAAAUAAUUGUACGACGCAUAAGAAUUAUCUGGAAAUACCAGAAAAUUAUAAAACAUACCAAUACUCGCAAAGUUUUGACAAUUCAAAUUACAGUAAUCAAAAAUUUAAAGAGAUAAAUAUACCACAGCGUCAGAAAUCACAGAUUUGUGAGAAGAUGUUAGUAAAAAGGGUCCAUCAACAUCCUAAAUGCGAAAAUAAUGAAAAAUGUUACAAUGAUCAACACGUUUGCUAUGUGAUGGUAGAUCAGUGCAAAGAUUCGAAUAAUUUACAAGAAUGUUCUCAUGAUAUCAUACAUCAAACUGAAAAAUCAAGAAGAUUGCAGGAUUCUAACCAGGAAUUCAACCAAGGUGAUGCAACUGGUAUUAAUAUUCUUAAAGGUGUUCAGAAUUUGAAGAUCUUACCCAUUAAAAAACGAGAAUUGCAUAUGAAAUUUACUGAUAAUCAAUGUAUCAAAAAUGCCGUAGUAGUGGAAGAACAGCCAAUUAAGUAUCUGGCAGUUGAAAAUAAUUCUAAAGCUCAAAAAGUUCCUAUAUAUUUGCAAAGCAGCAAUGUUGCUUCUGUCGAUAAUAUUAAAGUAAUUGACCCGAAUGUUAAUUAUCACAUGGCAUCAUGUUCUCAAGAGUCAAUGCAGAAAAUUAUUUUCGUGCCAAGAUGCGAACAGAACAAAGUCGUAUAUAUCAAGCAACAAAAUUUGCCGCAUUCAAAUAUUGCCUUUGAAGAAUGCUCGCACCCUAGGAAACUAGUCUUGCAUCGAUCAGAAGUUGAAUGUGUCAAAGAUUCCUCGAACGUAUGCGAAGUUCAUGUUCCGAAACAGAACGUUAUGGAAAUAAGAAAAAUUGAUAAUGACACAAUUAUUACUAAUUUACAACAGAUGAAUAAUGUGAAAAAAUCGACUCAAAAUGAAACAAACUGGGAGGAACUUCAUUGUCGAUCGAAUUAUGGUAAUAAAUUAAUUAAUUUUUGUUAACAAAAAGUUCCUAAUUUCUAACAAAAUACUUUUUUUCUAAUUCCGAUCAUAUUCAUUUUUUUUUAUUUCAGAACAUGAUACUUGUAAUCAAGCAAUAUUCUAUCAAAAGUAAAAUAUUCAUAUUAAUUGAUACAUAUGCAAACAUAGGUUUUUAUUCUUAUAUUUCAAUAAGGUAUGUAAUUUGUUAUUUAUAAUUUUAUAUAUAAUUAUUUAUUGUUGUUUAAUUAAUGUUUUUUUUAUUGUUACAGAUUUAUUAUAUAUAUUUAUAGAAAUGCAAGAUUUAUACAGAUAAGUGA